AUGGAUGACCUGAACGGGCUGAGUUGGUCCUCCAACUCAAACGCUCCUGCCAACAAACCUCCUCCCAUGGGCGCCGGCUUCAUGUUCCCCAAUGUCCGACCGAAUGGUGCCUCCGGCAGGUCAACACCGAUAUCUGCAGCUUCGAACCGGUCCAAUUCGCCAUCUAAACCGGCCGCGCAAACCGGAGAUAGUUUUGCGAACUUGGUAUCAUUCAGUUCCUCCGCGGCGAACAAGAACAUGUCUCUUGAAGAGCAGCAGAAGCGAUUGCAGCAGGAGAAAGCGAAGAAAGCCGCGGAGGAUCGCAGCCGUUAUGAAGCGCAAUACGGAGGUCAGAAUUCGCAGUUCUGGGAUAGCUUUGAGCAAGGCCGCACCCAGAGCCCUGCUGCUGCUCCAGCCUCGCAAUCUGUAUCACCACCGGCCGACGACGACGAUAUCCUCGCUGCAUUCAAUUCUGCGGCUCCGGUUGAUGCAUCGACGAACUUCCCAGUUCCCAGCUCCAACGCAUCCCCCCAGAUUGGUGCCAAUUCGCGGCAACCGACUCCUAGUCGCGGAAUUGCGAUGCAGGAUAAUUCUGAGGGCAUGGGUGCAUUUGGCGACGAUGAUGACGACCCAUUCGGACUCAAUCAAUUGAAGCCAAAGCCUGCGCCGUCUCCUCCGCAAGCUCAAGAUGACGACGAUGACUUCCUUGGACUGCUAGGGAAACCAGUGUCCGAGAUUCCUCCGCAGCAGGGGCUUCCGCAGCGAACAGACUCUUCCAACCGCGAUCGCGAUCACCAGAGCGCUUCUCCCAUGCCUUCUAAUGAAGUGGAUCGGGCCAUCGCAGAGUUGGUUGACAUGGGGUUCCCAGCAGAGAAGUCUCGACAGGCUUUGAAAACUACCGAUUCAGGCAUAGAUAUCCAGGCUGCUGUUAGUUGGCUUCUCACAAAAGCGCAUGAAGAGUCAAGGCAGAAGUCUCAAGGACGAUCUCCUGCGCCUGGCCAGUCCAGUGAACGCACGGAACGAAGUGACAGUCGCAACCGCGAUGCCCCCUCCUGGAUGAGGGAGCCUAGACCGCAACCUCCCCGGUCGCGUGAGGAUAGUCGAAGCCCCGGGGCUGGAGAGAAGGAUCCAGCUCAAGUGGCCUCUCAGUUUGGCAACAACUUGUUGAAAACCGCCGGUUCUCUUUGGAAAACAGGGAGCAAGAGGUUUCAGCAAGCUGUAAAUGAAUUCAAUGCCGAUCAUGACCCUAAUCAGCCCAAGUGGAUGAGAGAUGCAUCCGCGCCUCGCGACGAGCCCUUCCUUCCGCAGCCGGUCCGGCGCGGUGGUGAAAGGGACCCAGCCCCAGCGAAGCCCCAGGAUUUCACCAAUGAGGCCCUGCUUCUGGAAUCUGGGGAUUUGAGACCGCCUCGCAAGCCCGCUCGCCCGCAGGAUCAGCAUCAAUCUGCCGCCCCCAGUAGCAGCGAUCCGAGUCGCCAGCCAUCUCCAGCCACCCGGCAGAUGCAGCAAGCCAAUUUCCUCCAGCGGCCAUCACGACCAAACACUACAGAACCCAAAUCUCGCAUCUCACGAUUUGCGGCGGAGGAACAGUCGACACAAGCAUACGUCAGCCCGGCCAGGCGGAGGCGGCCUCAAGCACCAACUUCGGCAGCCGAGCCGAACGUCGAUCUCUUUAACUCUCCAAUCCCCUCGUCACAACCCUCGAAACCAGGGCCCCAGCCUCAGACCCGACCGCCCCCAGCACGUUCUCCUACUAUCCCAGUACGCCCCAAGGCGCCGCCCCGGUCCAUACCGCCCGUAUCUGCAGAGGCUCUGCAAUCAACUCACCGCCACCGCGAGAAGGCUGCAGAAGCGUACAAGCGGGGCGACUAUGCAGCUGCGCACCAAAGUUUCUCUACUGCGCUUGGCAUGCUUCCCGAAACGCACCCGAUUACGAUCAUCGUUCGCAGCAACCGAGCGAUGACCGGCCUGAAGAUCGGUGAACCCAAGGGUGCCAUCGAUGAUGCCGAUACUAUUUUGAGUUUGAUUGGGCCGUCAAAGGGCGAGGACGAGAGCAUUGACCUUGGUAAUGGCGAAGCUGCCAAGCCCAUGAAAGACUUUUUUGGUAAAGCCCUCAUGCGCAAGGCCGAAGCCCUAGAACAGCUUGAGCGAUGGGUGGACGCAGCACAGGCCUGGAAGUUAGCCGUGGAAUCUGGUCACGGUGGAGGCACCAGCAUUCAAGGCAGGAACAGAUGCGAGAAAGCUGCUGGUAUCAGUAAAAUUCCGUCGAAAUCCCUAGCCCCGGUCAAAAAGAGGCCAAUACCCGUCCCCCAGAAGAGCUCUGCGUUGUCAGAUCUCUCGGGCACUGCGGCCUCUGGCCAGGAUUCGGCAGCUGUCAGUCGUCUGCGAGCGGCCAACAAGGCCGCUGAACGUGCUGAUGAGGAGAAGUUUGCUCUAACCGAGAGUGUUGAUGGAAGAAUUGCCGCAUGGAGGAAUGGAAAACAGGAUAACCUACGUGCCCUGCUUGGCAGUCUGGACAGUGUGCUCUGGGCCGAGUCGGGCUGGAAGAAGAUUAACUUGUCAGAGCUGGUCUUGCCAAACAAGGUCAAGAUCCAAUAUAUGAAGGGUAUUGCGAAGGUUCACCCUGACAAGAUCUCUACGACUGCCACGACUGAGCAGCGUAUGAUUGCUGGUGCUGUGUUCGGAACCCUGAAUGAGGCAUGGGAUAAGUUCCGAGUCGAGAACAACCUGUGA